AUGUCAUUGGCCCCAGGGGCCAUAGCGGCAGCGGGUGCGGCGACGGGUUUCGGGCGCGGCCCGAUCGGGCGCACGCCCAGGGGCGCCGCGACAAACGAGGCCGGCGAGGCCGGGCGGUCGUCGGAGGGGGACGCCGGCGAGAAGGCAGCGGUGGGCGCAGGCGCCGGACUGGGGCGGAUCGAGCGCGGGCGGCGGCAGGUGACGCCGUGCGGCGAGCAACCGCGUACGGCAGGCAGAGGAGACGGGCCGGUGCGGGGCAGAGGCGGCACGCGCGCGCGGCUUGGGAGGAGUGAAGGGGCGCGACGCGGGCGCGGCCGAGCUGCGGGCGAGCAGCGCAGCGGCAGAGCGAGGCAGGGAUCAGGCGCGCGUGCCGGGGGCACGCCGGGCGGGGCGAGGCCACAGCGGACCGAGCUCCAGGCGCGGGUGCGGGCGGAGGUCGUGGUGCAGGGCGGCGCGUGGGCAAGGUGCGUGUGGGGUGAGCGCGCGCGGGCGGGACAGCGCGAGGGGCCAAGCGGGAUCACGACGGCGACAGCGGAGCCGCGGGGAGGAGGCCACGACCGUGAGCGCGUGCGCGAGGGAGAGAGGAGGAGCUCACAGGGGGCGUAG